AUGAAAGUUCUCUCGUUAGGUGGCUAUGAGAAUCUUACUGUUAGUUUAUCAAAAUUAAACUGCAGCAUUUUUUAUUCUAUGAGGCAGUUGGACUUAUCGACGACAAGUUUCUCUGCUGCACUACCAGAUUCAAUUGGGUGCAUAAGGUCCUUAAAUUAUUUGCAUCUAGGAACUUGUCAAAUUUCUGGUGUCGUUCCUAAAUCAAUUGGCAACCUUACACAACUUACUGAAUUAUCUCUAGAAGACAACUAUCUUCUAGGGGAAAUUCCAGAUAAAUUUUCCAGUUCACAGAAGCUAAGUAGACUAUCACUUGGUCACAAUUUAUUGGCCGGAAAAUUUCUAAACUCACUUCUCAACUUUACACAUCUUGGCUUUUUAGAUCUCUCUAGUAAUCAACUAAGCGGUUCAAUUUCUCCAUCAAUUUUUACUAUUCCGACCCUAUCUUACCUUGACCUUUCUUCAAACCAUUUUGCUGGGGUUGGACAAGAUGUAUUUGUGGACUUCAAUAAGCUUCAAAAGAACCCUCUUCAAAAUGAAGCUCCAUGGAACACUACAAACAAUGUGAGCAUUUCCUAUCCAGAUUUCUGGCACUUGGGAUUGUCUUCUUGCCAGAUAAAGGAAUUUCCAGAGUUACUUAGAAAUUCAAAGAGCUUAAAAUUUCUGGACCUCUCAAAUAACAGGAUUCACGGCAAAAUUCCAAGCUGGUUCAUGUCCAAGACUUGGGAUAAUUUGCUCUACUUGAAUCUUUCGCAUAACUUUUUGACUGGUACCAUAGACCAACUGCGGUGCAAAUAUCUGUUGUAUCUAGAUAUGAGUUUCAACUCACUUCAGGGUCAAAUGCCAUCUUCUAUCUGUUCUCAUAAUCGAUUUCACGGAGCAACUGGUAAUUUUCAAACUGAAAGCCCAUUUCCGCAGCUGAGAAUCAUCGAUGCAUCCUGCAAUGAGCUCAUAGGUGUUCUACCUACAGAACUCUUCAAAAGCUUAGAAGCAAUGAGAAGCUUAAGGGAUCACCGUGGGGAAUAUAUGUCAGAAACUGGCUAUGAGCUUGAUUAUUACAUCCAUUCCUUGACUUUAGUAAUCAAAGGAACGGAGUAUAGUCUUGAAAGAGUCCUGAUAGAUCGAACAGCCAUCGAUUUCUCAAACAGCAGAUUUGAAGGACGAAUUCCAGAAAUUAUUGGAACCCUUCAUUCUCUUCUUAUACAAAAUCAUCUGAUUGGACUCAUUCCUCGAGGAAGACAUUUUGAUACAUUUGGGAAUGAUUCAUACAGAGGGAACUUGGCCUUGUGUGGAUCACCAUUGACUAAAGAUUGUGGAAAUACAGGGGCACCACCACCAGCCUCACCAUUCGGAUCUGAGCAACAAUAUGAUCCAGAGUUCUUUGAUGGAUUUGCUUGGAGAGCUGUUGUUCUGGGAUAUGGUUGCGGAUUAGUGCUCGGACUAGCCAUGGGAAGUCUCAUGUUCUUAACUGAAAAACCAAGAUGGUUCAUCCAGAUUGUUGAAGUCAUACAAACUGCGAAAAAGAUCGAGGAACGAAAUAUGUCCACAUACGAACUUGAGAACAGCAAUGCAAUUUACAAAAUUGGUGGGCAAAACAUACUCUUUCCUGCAGCUGUUGUCUAA